AUGUCUGGGCGCAAAAGAAUUCAACUGUCGUUUUAUAUGCGUGAUGAAUCCGAGCCCAAAAACCGCUCUGGCGUAAAUGCCCUUCAGUAUGACAAGAACAAUGAUCGUUUGUUCACCGCUGGACGUGACUCGAUCAUACGCAUUUGGAAUACACAGAAACCAAAGGACCCACUAAUUCAGAAUAUGGAGCAUCAUGCAGAUUGGGUGAACGACAUCGUCCUUUGCUGCGAUGGCAGAAAUCUGAUCUCAGCUUCUAACGAUACAACGGUCAAAGUAUGGAACGCGACCAAAGGGUUCUGCAUGUCAACUCUGCGAACUCAUAAGGAUUACGUACGAGUGCUGGCGUAUGCCCAACACAGGGAGGAGGUUGCGAGCGCUGGUUUGGAUCACGCCAUUUUUCUGUGGGACGUACGCACUCUGACCGCUCUUACUCCGACGAACAACACCGUUACAACGUCUUCUUUCACCGAUAGGAAGGAUAGUAUCUACAGUUUGGCUUUGAACCCAUCAGGCACAGUUCUUGUGUCUGGUAGCCCGGACAAACUCAUACGUGUUUGGGAUCCACGUGCUUGUCACAAGCUGUUUCAACUGCGCGGUCACAGCGGGAAUGUUCGCGCUCUGGUUGUCCGAAACGAUGGACAGGAGGUUGUCAGCUCCAGUUCAGAUGGAACCGUGCGCGUUUGGUCACUCGGAAUGCAGUGUUGCACGACCACCAUUCGUGUGCACUGGCAAAGUGUUUUCACUAUCCAAGUGAACGAAGCUUGGACAACGGUGUACUCUUCGGGAAGAGAUAGGAAAAUUUGGGCCACCAGCUUGAGAGAUACGUCCCAAUCGACUCUUAUCGGAGAGGAAUCCGAUCCCGUUCUCAAGCUUCUGCUUGUCGAAGGUCCUACCAAAUCUCACCUGUGGGCUUCCACUUGCAGUUCCGAUGUGAACCGAUGGCCCAUCGACUCCCCUGAUGUGGCAUUCUCGCAACAGUCAAGUCAUAGAAAUUCCGAUCGUAGUUCCUUUUUUGAUUCCAACGACAAUGUCUCCUCUCAUCGGGAUCCUUCCUUUCUGAAUGCCGAACUCGCGACUGUCUCGCAUGGUGCACUGACACCAGCUAACGGGGAUUCGGAAGACCGUAUAUCUCCCUUAUUGAGGCCUGAUUUGAUCAUACAGGGCGGGCCAUCCAUUAUCCAAUAUCAUAUUUGCCCUGAAAAACGUUUCAUUCUAACUAAGGAUACCGAUGGCAACGUCGCUGUGUUCGAUGUUCUUAAAGCUCACUUGGUUGAGAACUUGGGCUCCGUGGACUUCGAAGAGGAAAUCAAGAAACGAGACAAAUUGGUAUAUGUACCAAACUGGUUUAGUGUGGAUUUGAAAUGCGGCAUGCCCAUUAUUCAUCUGGAUGAAGCAGACUGCUUUGCAGCCAACGUGACCGUCGCGGACGCAGGUCUAGUGGAAGAAUUUGUAAAUCUAGACGGAUCCUUGAAAUACAGCCCUGACACAAAAGUUAACUAUUGUGUGCUCCUUCUUCGUUCUCUGUUUGCUCGCUGGCCCAAAGCAAAUGUGAUGACUGAUUUUGAAAAUGCGCAACAUGAUCCUCUGAAUCAUGGUGUACUGGGAGUUCCGGACCACAUUCCUGUUGUCCUCAGUGAAGGCGCUGGCAGAGCUCUGGUCCGCUUUUUGGUGCGCGAUGCUGCACCGCUAAACGAACAACUCAUGCACUGUGACUCUGUCCCCGACUGGAUUCGAGAUGUUGUUAUAGAGCGAAGACUACCUAAAUCAAAUCGAAUUGAAUUUUUCCUCGUUCCUGGAGUCCGUGAUUUUAACGAAAAAGGCCAGUGUCAGAUUGUUCCUCUGACCUCUAUGAAACGUGAUUGUCUCUCUGCAAACGAUAUUCUGCCCGUUCGGAAAGUGAUGGAACAUGUGUAUCAACGACUUUUGAAACUGGUUGAAUCACUGACUGCCAAUAAUACGGUUCCCAGCCCUUCUCUGGGUCGAAAUGCAGGUCAUUUAGGGGCUAAUUCACCAUACUUUCCGGCUGAGCGACCUGCUCAACAUUUUUCCCAGACAGGCGAUGCACGUAACCUUCGGCUACCUCCUCAGUGGUCUUCUUCUGCUGUCGCUGCUCCCAGCGAUCCGCGGUCUCCUCCUAUGACUCCGUUGGAGUUGCCACCGGAAACAUCUCAAGCCGAUCUUACUACGCUCAUCGAUGCUGCCUCCUCCGGCGACGUUGCUCCAGAAGACCUGGUGGAAAUUUGGUGCGGUGACCAGUGCCUGGAUCCUAAUAUGAAUUUACGGAGCGCGCGUUAUUUUCACUGGAAACAGCCGGGCUACUUGGUGCUGGUUUACAUUAUCCGCCAUCGGGACCCCGCUUGA